AUGUUUCGUCGUACUUGGGCCGGCUUGCCAGCAGAUGCAGCAUUUCCGGCAGAUCUCGCCGGCUUGGGAUACUUUAUUGAUGAAAACGAUGAAAUAAAGUCUAUCAACAACCCAACUGAAUAUUUCCGGUACCACAUCAAUCGUAACGAUCGUAUCAACUUGCGAAGACGAGCCGCACUUAGCAGAUUUAUUGAAGACCAUGUGGCAAAGAGACUGGCAAAAAAUGGUAUUAAGACUCUUAUACUUCCACGAGAAGCGCCAACGUCCUCACCACAUUCGAUCAUUGCAGCUACCGAAGGAUUCGAAGAGGCAAUUCACGUGGUCCUUCUCAUGGGCGAUUCCAGUAAGGCUCUUGGGAUCAUCGACGAGAGAUUAAUUGACGGAAAAGGUGGGAUCGAAAAAGGAACCGUUAUCCCUCUGAUCAAAGGCCUCGGUGCGUCAAGUACCAUGCCCACAGCCGUGAUAGUUGCGAAUCCUGGGCAACUGUACUGGUGGCCAGCAGGCCGUAAAGCCAUCACCGCCAACGCGUCUAGUGAGCUGCGUCUACCUUCGCUUCUGCACUUUGGACGAAGCUAUCAUCCAGAAAUCAAUGAUAUACCAGGACACAGGAGCCCAGAGGAACACUUGCAAAGUGUCAUGACCGACACUAUUGCGAGGAUGAUUCCUGGAUUGAAGAGACUGAGUGUCAUUUCUCAAGGCAGUGGUUGCGACGCAGCCCUGAAAUAUUUUGAUACCAAUUGGCAAAGUUGGUCUUCAACCUUAAGCACGAUUCGAGGAAGGGGUUAUCUUGUUUCAGAUGCUGAUUUGGACACUCCUAUUGCACCAACCCACGCGCUGAUGUAUCCUGGAUUUCCGACACUGGCCUCCGCAGAGCAUCUCAAUGCUUCAGCUAUAUCCAUCAGAGCAGCAGAAUCCAUCAUACGGCACGUCAACAUACUGGCUACAGAUGUGAAGUUUGAAAACCCGCCUGUGAGCAUACCAGCGCUGGUUGAAGAUGAAGAUGAGCACGAAACUUGGGAUGCGAUUCCCGGCGAGGACAAGCCGUACGUUAGUACCGAAUUGCAAAACCCGAUAAAUCGUCAGCGGCAGCAAAUUAGACGUUGGAAACGAUUCGCGGCAACAGGUGAAGCACCAGACGAAGAUUCUGAAUCUGAUGAUGUUCCUGUAUGCGAGGGCACUGAGGAUGCUGACAAGUGGUAA